AUGGACUCCUUCGGAAUAAUCAUCGUCGGCGGCGGAAUCGCCGGCCUAGCAGCCGCAAUUGCUCUGCGCGCUGACGACCGCGAAAUCACCAUUCUGGAACAAUCCCAAAUGCACAAAGAGAUCGGAGCCACGAUCUCGUUACAACCGAAUGCAUCGAAGAUUGUCGAGGGCCAAUGGGGUCUCUCGUCCCUCCUUCGCGACCAAGGAUCAAUGGUCGACGAGGCGUUUGAGAUCUAUAACACAGACGGGGAAAUGCAGAUGCGCAUCCCGCUGGCGACAAAGUACGGGGCUGAGAGGAUGAUGUAUCAUCGUGCAGACUUACAUUCUGUGCUGAAGCAUCGGGCCACAGCAGACGAAUAUCCCGGGCGACCGGUUACCGUGAAGGUCUCGUCGAGGGUGGUUGGGUGCGAUUGCGAAAAGGGAGUCGUGGAUUUGGCUAACGGAGAGGCUAUGCACGCGGAUCUUAUCAUCGGGGCUGAUGGGAUCAAGAGUACUGUGCGAAAGGCGGUUUUAGGGGAAGAGGUGGAGGCAAAGAGAACAGGGCUAUCUGCAUAUCGCACCAUGAUUACGACGGAGGAGUUGCGCAAAACUGACUUUGCAGAUGUGAUCGAUCCAUGCAGAUCGUGUACUACUAUGGUGAUGGGGAUGGAUCGUCGUCUGAUCAUGGGUCCGGCGAGGAACGGUUCAAUAUACGGCAUCGUAGCUCUUGUUCCGGACGAAAGCAUGCAAGAGUCGUCGAGUAACACCAGUUGGACGACGGCCGGUGAUCGGAAUAAAAUGCUGGAUACGUUUUCUGCGUUUCCUGAGUGGGCCCAGCGACCGCUUCAGCUGGCUGGGGUCGUAGGGCUCUGGCAGCUGCGUGAUUUGGAUCCCUUGUCGAGUUGGUAUCGAGGCAGGGUGUUGCUCAUUGGCGAUGCGGCGCACGCGAUGUUGCCGACGCAGGGUCAAGGAGCCAGUCAGGCGAUCGAGGAUGCGGAGGCAGUCGGUGCCUUUUUCGCUGGAUUCGAGGGGAAGAACGAUCCAAAGUCGCUGGAUGAGGUCGAGAGAGUCAAUCGGGCAGUGUUUGAGUGUCGACAUGAGCGGGCAACAACGAUCCAGGCAUACAGUCGGCAAGCAGCAAAGCCAGCCACUGAUCCUGGGGAUACAAGAGUGAAGAUGAGUCCGGCGGAGUUUAUGGACUACAACUGCUCCUACGGAGGGGCCAUUGACUGGUCGUAG